CACGACUCGUUCUUCUUCUCCUUCCCAUCUCAGCCGUAGCUACACUAUUAGGUGUAUUGGUUCGUCUCCUCACACACCCAACAACGACAAUUCGCAAUCCGGCUGUCGUUUCACCAUCACCUUUGCGGAAACAGAGUCUUUUCUCAUUCUUCUUCUCCUACCCUUCUGCUCUGCUGUCUAGCUCAACCUUCGUUUCACGUGCGAGUAAGUACAUUGCCUUUACUUCGUUUCUGUCAGGAACCAAGGCAUUUGUACGGAUACCACAGCCUGCAACGCUCCCGUCUCCACCAACACCAGCACCGACACCACUAAACACCGCCGUCAACGGUGUUACUUUCAACGGACCGCGCGCUCCUUCUCCGCACCGACAGCCCGCAAGAAAGCCCCAACAGCGUAUCUCCCAGCAGCCUCAUUUGUCCGGUCUCCAAUAAACCGCUCUUGGCCGCAGCUGGCAGUACCACACCUCCAGGUCUGCCCUCACUCGUCCUGCUCAUCAUUGCGUCUACGACGCAGAUUUGCCCAGCCCCUGCAUGCUUUUCGCCCGCAAGGUGACAACGCGUCUCUCCAUCACAAGUCCUAUACUCAAGAUACGAACUUUCAACCCUGGCCGACUCUCUCAAAAUAUCAUUGUCGUUGACUAACUAGUCCGGCAAUCCUUGACGGCGGCCUGUUUGACUGUUCGGUGCUGCACUUCUACUGGCAACGACAUCUUUCUGAACCUGGCCUGUCUGUCCGUAAGCCAGUGCGACAGUCCAGCAUCUGGUAAAGGUGCAGGAGACACGGAAUAUAAUUGCGGCUGGUCAGACAGCAUACACCCUGACAGCAUACACCCUGGAUAUUAUUCCUGCUGCCAUGAGCCAACAGUCAUUUGCCAUGGAGCAAACGUUUAUGACGAUUCAUUCCACGGACCCCAGCGCUGCCAUUCUGUUCGUAUCCGACUCGGUAUUCGACAUACUGGGCUACACCCCUCAAGAGGUGCAGGGGAAGUCAUGCUUCGAUUUCUUUCAUCCUGACGAGGUCCCCUUCGCUCGUUCCAUUCAUAGUCGCGGCGUCCUUCUGGACAAGGCCGCCGUACUCCACUAUGUUCGCAUCAUGUCGCGCGACGGCCAGUGGGUGAGCUGCGAGUGUUGCUUCACUGUCGUUCAUGAUGUACUGGUUGCUUGUACCAGCAUCUAUCGACGAGGUGAAAAGAGCGAUAGACGAGCCGCCGAAGCCCCCCAGAUCCGUCGACUUUUCUCGAGCUCUCCUCGAGACCCCCGCUACCACAUGCUGGAGCAUCUCUCACCCAAGUUUCGGAUGCCUGCGGUCGAGCGCGAACCUCGUGCAGCCCUCAUUUUAAACAGAUUCACCCGCACGCUGACAGUCAUGUUUGCGACUAAUGCCGUGUCCUCCAUUCUCGGCGUUCGACCAGACCAAAUCAAGGACAAGAGCUUUUACGAGUGCAUCCAGGAGAAUUGCCUGCCGGAUGCUAUCAGGUGUCUCGAGAGUGCAAAGGCCAACGACUCCAUUGCCUACCUGAGGUUCUGGUACAGAGAUCCGCGUCGACCUGAAGAUUUCGACGAAGAGGAUGACGGAGAGCAUAACAGCGGAAACUCGAGUGAUUCCGAUGGUGGCGGUGUUCAACUCGAUGGUCAGCUCGACGGUCACAUGGAUAUUGACGACGAUGAUGACAACGGCAGUGGCCCUCAUAUCAAGCAAGAGGACCAGAGCCGGCCUGACAUGUCAAACCACAGCUCCGCGACGCAUACGGCGACCACAAAUACCUCGGGUUCGAGCAGCGAAUCACAGCCGUCUGCAGCCACUUCGGCUCCGUCUAUUAAUGGCGCGGCAGCUCAGUCAUCCUCGGCUGCGGAGCGCCUAAGAAACCGUCGUCGAGAGCCGCCUCCGCCCUUUGAGCUGGAAGCUGUCGUAUCAUGCACGUCGGACGGACUUGUGGUCGUGAUCCGCAAGGCGCGCCCUCCGAUUCCGGCGCCUCAUGCGCCGCUGGUCGCGCCCACUUAUACUAAUGGCUUAUUUGCCGCACCCUGGGGCCAGCAUCCGAUCCGGCCACAAGUUCCGCAGGAGAUGCUCUACACGUUCAGGCCUCCUCUGAUGCCCCAGUACAUGCCUUUGCGCGAUAAUGUGAUGGCUGGUGGAGGCCCGCCAGUGGACCACCUCAUGAGCUCCAUCAGAGACGUUGCUGUGUUUGCAUGGGCACUUGUGGGAAUCAAUGGCAAUUUAGCCACGUACACGCGAGGAAUGCCGCGUGAUCAAGCUCAGCCUGACGGGCUGCCUAUCUGGGAUCCGAGUGCUGGAAGUGCCUCGUAUCUUGGACCGGAGAACCAGGCGGUCCGUCGUUGGACGAACUAUGACAAAGAAAAAGGCUUCGGCUCGACAUCAUCAUAUCAACAACCAUACUCUCAUGGUGCCACGUCGGGCUAUGGCCAUGCCCCCCAAAGUGGCGCGAACAACUACAUUUACGCACAGCCGCCGCCGCCGCCACCGCCCACGUGGCCUGGUCUGCAGCCUGCGUAUACAUCCGCUUUCGACUCGUUCGCAAACAAUAACCAUCACCAAGACAAUCAGCAUCAACAUAAUCCACACCAUCAGCACAACCAUGCUCAUCAUAGCCACCCUGGUUACUAUCAGCCGCAUCAACAUCAUCAAUAUCAACAGCAACAGCAACAGCAACAGCAACAGCAACAUGGCUUUGGCCACCAGACACCGCUGCAGGGCGAGUCAUGGGGUGAUACACCACCCGCGUACAACGGCCAAGGACAUACCAAUGGGCAUCCCAAUGGACACCCGAACGGCCAGUCCAACGGACAUUCUAACCUUCGGCCAAGCAAUUCGACUGGAAACAAUGAGUCAUCUCAGGGCUAUCGGUACCCGUGGCAGUAGCCUGAGAACCUGGCUAACUGAGACAGUAAUGUGAACAAUUGUGGUAAAAGCACCGUUCUGGACGUUCAGUGUGUGUUUCGGUUGUAUUGGUGAUUGGAACGGGCGAGAGUUUUGGAGAGAAAUGAGUGGUGUCUCUGAUAGACACCUUCCUGUAGAUGGGAGUGGAUAUACGAGCGGACCAGUUUGACAUCAAUGCGCAAUGCUGGAUAAAACCGGCGUUGGCGGCCCGCGUUUUACUAGAAACGGCGAUGUAAAAAAGAUACCCGCGAGGCCUCUACUCGCAAAGGAGCCAAAGAUUGUAUACAUAUAUCCGGCAUCAAUAUGUUUUGCUGGCUGGGUCGAACGACGGGUACGUUCUGCGUCCCUGGACGCUUGUUGUGCAAAUAUACUGCACACGAAUGCUAGAAAGGCAACGUAUCAAGCAACACAACAUGGCAAUGCGUUACUUGGUUUUUUUCUUUCGCACCUUGCUGUUCUUGUCAACACCAUUUGCUGGACUGUACACCAUUCAAGGAAGCUCGGCCUCGUUGUGGGUGACAUAU